CCUAUUUAAUCCAAGUGAGUUUGUGUUAAUUUUCCAAAACACAUAAAAUCACAAAUCAGUGUCUCUUGAAAAUACAACACUGUACUUUUGAUGACUUUUUGCCAAAGUUUUUUGACUCUGUGUGUGUAUCUCAGUACUGUGUGAGAUGAGAGUGUAGUGUGUGGCAGUAAAAAAGCCGAUAUUUUCUGCAUCUGAGGUUCUUCAAGACACUCAUCAUCACUGCAUAAAGAUUUGGACUGAAUCUUGUUGUUUUACAGGAAAAUGGAAGUAGCUACUGCUGAUUUUCGUCGUUGGGACGAGUUGAUUCCGGAUACUUUAGGGGUGAUAUUCACCAAGCUUCCGCUGCGGGAACGAUUGACUGUGAUUCCGAGGGUCUGUAAGUCGUGGGCUAGUGCUGUUAAUGGACCUUACUGCUGGCAAGAGAUAGACAUUUAUGACUGGUGUACUCGCAGCGAGCCUCGCCACAUUGAGAGGAUGGUUGAGAUGCUUGUCACUAGAAGCUCUGGAUCGAUCCGGAAACUUUGCGCUUCUGGUCUCCAGACUGAGAGGAUUUUCACUUUCAUUGCUGAAAAUGCUGGAUCUCUGAGAAAUUUGCGCCUGCCGAGAUGCGAUGUGAAUGAUUUUGCAGUGGAACAGAUGACCAGAAAGCUUUCAAUGAUUUCCAUCUUAGAUUUGAGCUACUGCAUCAGAAUCGGCAGCAACGCUAUAGAGACAAUCGGCAAGAACUGCAAACGCUUAGAAGUUUUCUGUCGGAAUAUGCAUCCCUUAGACACUUCAGGAAAGCCCUUAGAAGACGCCGAAGCAUUCGCAGUUGCCUCGACUAUGCCAAAGCUGAAAAGUCUCGAAAUGACUUACAAUCUGAUCACCAAUGAAGGUGUUUACCAAAUCUUCUCACUCUGUCCUAACCUCGAGCAUUUGGAUUUGCGGGGCUGUUGGGGUGUCAAACUCGAUAACAUGUACGUGAAGCAGAGUUUUCCGAAGCUCAACGUUUUAGGGCCUCAAGUUUCAGGCUAUUACGAGAGGGAGGAAUGCUCGGAUAUCUCUGAUUCUUCUGACUCGGAAUAUGAUGAUAGUGAUAUGGACGAGUAUGAUUUCUAUGACGAUGAGAGCGAUGACGGAAUGUGGUAUCAUGAUGGAAGGAUCGAGGAGCUCGAGUUUAGGGUUUAUGAAGGAGGGAUUGAAGAUGCUGCAAUGUAUUGGCCUCCAUCCCCAUGAGGCAUGAGAUGUGUUGUUGGUGUUUCCUUGUGAAUUGUAUGGUUUUAUGUUUUCUGUAAUUUGUGCUUCUUUGCUUUGCAUAAAAUGUAUCAAAGAAAAUGAAGCACUUGGGCUUCUUUGUAAGAACUUAAGAUGUUUUUACAUCUUAGGAUAUGUUAGUUUCUUAAGUUCUCUUAUUGGUUAAAUAAAGUUUUCUUAACAAAAUAAAUAAAUAUUUUGUUCAAUUUUUUUAUAGUCUAGUUAAUAGCAUAAUGGUCAGAAGUGAA